AUGUGGAAGAAGUGGAAAACUGUGCCGUGGUUCCUGGGCACCAUGUCGCUCGCGCAAGCCAUCGUCCUGGUCUACACUCUUGUCGUCAACUACAACAACACCGGCGAGUUUAUCCAGACAAACCCAUUCAACUUUCUCAUUGGUCCCACCACCGGAACACUUCUCCUUACAGGCGCCCGAUAUGUCCCUUGCAUGAAGCCCGUCGCUCCGUACGUCAACUCGUCGAUUAUCUGCAUCCCCGGCAUUAACCCGUCGGUGCCUGGCCAGCCAUGUACCCUGCUCGACUUUUGCGGCAUGGGUGGAUUCCCCAGUGGCCAGCCCAACCAGUGGUACCGCCUGAUUGUGCCUAUCUUCCUGCACGGCGGUGUGCUGCACUACGCCCUCAACAUGACCUUGCAGAUGCGCGCCGGCUUCGGGCUUGAGUCUGAGUUUGGUAGCUUGCGCAUUGGCUUGAUCUACAUGAUCAGCGGCAUCGGCGGCUUCCUGUUUGGUGCCAACUUCAGUCCCUUGACUCCCUCGGUCGGAUGCUCCGGUGCACUUUUUGGCCUGAUUGCAUGUCUCAUGAUCGAUCUGGUCCAGAACUGGAGCCUCGUGGAGCAGCCACUCAAGAACUUUUUCGUUUUGCUGGGAGUCACCAUCUUCUCGUUCCUGAUGGGUCUCCUGCCACUCUUUGACAACUUUGCCCACAUCGGCGGGUUUGUCUUUGGCUUUACCUCGGGCCUGUUCCUGAUGCCUCUGCUGGAGAAUCAAGAGCUCGACAGCACCAAGCCCUCGGCCUUCAAGCGCAUGGGCCUCAAUCGCCAGAACUGGAAGCGGCUGUUCAUGCUGGUCGGAUUUUCCCUCACGGUUCUCCUCUAUGUCGUUUUGUUCAUCCGCUUCUAUUCCAACCGCGACGACUGCUCGUGGUGCAAGUACUUGAAUUGCAUUCCUGGUCUGCCCUGGUGCCAAGACAAGUGGAACCAGAUGGGCUCCAACUGA